AUGAGACCUUCCUUGUGCGACUUGGUGUUGAAUUUGUAUCUGAUGUUAUGAGAUCCUGGUGCACUGACCUGGGUGCGUGAGGUGUUCGAGGUCCUGACUUGGAAGGAACCAUCGAAUGGAGCAGGGUACUUGAGCCUCAACGGUCCAUUGCUCGAAGCCACGGUCCAAUCGAUCUUGGCUCUAGGAGGCAAACGGACGACGUCGAUAUUGACCGAUGCGUUCGUUGACUGGGCUUCGAUCUUGACAGGGUCUCGAAGAGCGAUCUUCUUUUCGUCCUCUUGCUCGGAGACUUCGACUUGGGCCCGGAUCGCUUCGUUCGUCGUUUUGAGCAAGACACCGUCGCUACCUUCGCCGACCUUGUACAGACCUGAGAUGGACGCGUUAGUCGUCUGGACUCGCAAGCCCUCGCAUCCUUCGAAGUCGCCGCUGAUGCUGCCGUUGCUAGCCUGA